AUGGGCAACGUGUCGCCGCAAUCGUCGCAAAACUGGACGGCCAUUGGGAACAAGUUCGCGACGGCGUCGCGCAGCGCGUUGACCAAGUUGUUUAAGCUGGGCACGUUGAAUCUCCUUGCACCCGGAUGCGUGCUCAGCCGGAAUCGAGAGCUACCUACCCAGGCACCUACCUCUUGGCGCCAACGAACAGGCUUUCACACACAGCACUGCUCAUGGGAGGGUGGCCCGGCCCGCAAGGCCGCCCUAAAGGCGGGAGGGGGAAAUCGCUUGAUUGUCAUUGUUGCGAUCUGCGGGAGGAAAGCGCUCGUGUCUGGAUCGGGGUUGCAGUUAGGAGGUAGGCCGGUGCACGGGCCUACAUCCAACACUGCCACGACUGUUGCCAGAGUGCCAUGAGAGACGUCGUCGCGGCAUCUGAAAGGACAGGUGCCUCGUGCCAUCGUGCCAAAUCAGGCUCCAACACCCUCGGCCACUCGCACCCGGCCGAAAAGAGCCUACUGAUAAGCGCAACACACGAGCACAAAUAGACAUGCCGGUAGCCGCCCGAGAUGAAAGAUUCCCUCGGGCACAAGCAAGGAGAACACCCGACUGUUGGCUUCCAUCAAGACACGAGCUUUCUUUGUUUUCGUCAUCGGCCCGGAGUGAAUGGAAGAGGGGCUGUUUGUGAAACUCCAAUCC